CGGAAGUGAGUCGAAUCCCCUCAAAUAGCUAAAACAACUUAAAGUAACUUAGCAUAUUCUUCGUAGAGGACGUCUUAAUGAAAUGCAAAUGACUUGUUCAGUUCCCGACUCGCACAAAGUGGAUCCCAGUACAGACGACAGAAUCUGCACUCACCAUCCCGUCCAGAACCUUUCCAAACACCACGUGUUUCCCGUCCAGCCACGGAGCUUUAGCCGCCAGGAUGAAGAACUGAGAGCCGUUGGUGUCAGGACCGGCGUUCGCCAUGCUCACCUGCUGGUGGGCAGCGAUGCUGAAGCCGGGUGACCCGAGCGGCUCGGCCUUCCUGAAGGUGGACCCGACCUACCUGCAGCACUGGCAGCAGCUCUUCCCUCAGGCGCAGCUCAAGGGUCCGCCGCCUGCCCCUGACCGCCUCUCCAUCCCCGUGGACCCACUGCGCCCAUCUCGCCUGCACAGCCACCUGCUGGCCACCACUCACUGCUCUUCAUCCUCAUCGUCCUCCACCUCCUCAGUUUCAUCCUCAUCCGCUGCCGCCGCGUUGACCCCGUCUUCGUCCAUGUCCAUCUCCACCUCUACCGGACUCACCCAGCUGCCCGUCCCUCAGCAGAUCGCCCUCUUUGGACAGGCAUUGGCACCGGUCUGCUCAGGCCCGACGGGGUCUGCAGCAGAUCUGGUGGUGGUGGUCCCGCCAGAGAGCCACAGCGCGGCAGCAGGACGCCUCCAUCAGGCCAAAGAGCAGAGCUGUGGAGGGGUCGGGGUGGGGGUGGUGUCCUCAAGCGUGAAGAGCGGCAGUGGAAGGGAGGAGGGGUGCAAAGGUGGGACGUCCAGGUUCAAGCUGACCUCCGAGGAGCUGGACUACUAUCUCUACGGACAGCAGAGGAUGGAGAUCAUCCCACUCAGCAACCACACGGGAGAACUCAACAACCGCUGCGACAUGUGUGCGGACAACAGGAAUGGCGAGUGUCCCAUGCACGGUCCCCUUCACUCACUGCGGCGGCUAGUCGGCACCAGCAGCACGGCGGCGCCUGUCACGCUGCCAGACGUUCCUGAUUGGCUGAGGGAUCUGCCCAGAGAGGUGUGUCUGUGCACCAGUACGGUCCCUGGUCUGGGUUACGGGAUCUGUGCGGCUCAGCGGAUCCCUCAGGGCACCUGGAUCGGUCCAUUUCAGGGAGUUCCACUGAUCCUGGACAAGCUGCAAGCUGGAGCCAUGAAGAACACCCGACACCUCUGGGAGAUUUACGAUGCAGAGGGGACGCUACAGCACUUUAUCGAUGGCAACGAUCCCAGCAAGUCCAGUUGGAUGAGGUACAUCCGCUGUGCGCGACACUGCGGCGAGCAGAACAUGAUGGUGGUCCAGUACAGGUCGUGCAUCUUCUACAGAGCCUGCAUGGACAUCCCCAGAGGAACCGAGCUGCUGGUGUGGUACAACGACUCCUACACUUCCUUCUUUGGCAUCCCACUCCAGUGCAUCGCCCAGGACGAGAACUUGAACGUCCCGGCCACAGUGGUGGAGGUCAUGAGCAGACAGGACCUGACACCCUUCAGCAAAUCGGGCAAACCCUCCUCCUCGGCCAACAGCCCGUCUGCCUCCACCAUGCGCUCCAUGGUCUUCCCCCACUCGCCCUGCCCUCGCAGUUUCACCAUGCUGGACAAGGUCGGUGGCGGCGUCCAGACGGAAUCGGGCUUCAGCCAGAUGGGGUCCAAGAACCAGCGGGUCCUGGCGAGUCCGACAUCCACCAGCCAGCUGAGCAGUGAGUUCAGUGACUGGCACCUGUGGAAGUGCGGCCAGUGCUUCAAGACCUUCACCCAGAGGAUCCUCCUGCAGAUGCAUGUCUGCCCACAGAACCCAGACAGGCCGUACCAGUGUGGUCACUGCUCGCUGUCCUUCUCGCAGCCGUCGGAGCUGCGGAACCACGUGGUCACUCACUCCAGCGACCGGCCCUUCAAGUGCGGCUACUGCGGACGGGCGUUCGCCGGCGCCACCACCCUCAACAACCACAUCCGCACGCACACGGGAGAGAAGCCCUUCAAGUGCGAGCGCUGCGACCGCAGCUUCACUCAGGCGACGCAGCUCAGCCGCCACCAGCGACUUCCCAACGAGUGCAAGCCGAUGAACGAGAGCAGCGAGUCCAUCGAGGUGGACUGAGAGCGAGGCCCCGCCCACACACUAAGUCUGAGAGAGUCCGUCCCAUCCCAACUCCAGCCACCCCCCAGAUCCAGGUUGAGGCCGGUCCACUCCGUUCGUGGGACCAAACUGAGUCAAGAAAAGACUGAUAACUCGAGCCUGGAUGACACAGUUGUACCACGCGUCAUGUGACCCGUGCGACUCCUGGAGCGUCGCUGGAGUUGGACUCCCAGAUUUUCCCGCCAAGACUUUUGUACUGACGGACAGAAAGACUCCAAACCAAAGAUUUCUCCCCGCAGACUCGUAUUUAUGAGACUUCCAAAGAUCCCAACACCAAAAACCCACAUAGCUUUAAACCUCUCGUCGCGUUAGCGACCAGCGAUGCCAAAGUUGGACCAGAAUGUACAGAAGAGACACAGAAGAUCUAUUUAUCCUCGCACUUUUGUGGCGCCACGGUAGCGUCUCCAAAGAAGAGUCGCCUUUCGGCUCGUUCGUCUUCUGCUAUUUCCCAGGAUGCAUUUGGAGUCUGCAUGGCGGGAAGUACAGUACACUUCAAUGUGGUGGUUAGCGGAGCGCUAAUUCGUAGCGUGAACUUGUUUCCCAAGACGAUGCGUGCAGCAAAUUUCUUCUCACGCUAUUCGCCUUCAUUUCUUUCGAUUAAAGGUGAAACAGGUUACAAUGAUCGAUCUACUGCAAACACAAAGAACUUGUGAAGCUGUGAAAAUACUUCACACCAAAACCUAGCAACAUGAUUCCAAACAGGAAGUAGAAGACAGCCACUUCCUGUUCGUGACGUUUAAAUAAAAUCACUUUGUUCACCGGGGUUAAAAGCCGACGGUCCGAUCACCAAUGUGCAGACUUCCGGCGCAUUCUGGGACUUCGCAACAUCAAAGCAGCUACACAACGUUUUGGGGAAAAAGAUGUUGGGUCAGAGCAGGAAGUGACGGACGCUUCGUCUGCUGAUGUUUGAGUUGUACAGAGGCGUCGGGAAACAAACAAGUCCAAGUGUCUGCAUGUUGAUCCCGAACU